AUGGUUGUACAAUCAUUCAAUAUUAAGACACUUCGAUAUGACGAGGAUGCUUUCCCUGCGAUCUCAGGACUCCUUUCUGUCCUCAGUCGACGCUUCAAAGGCGGCUUCUUGUACGGGAUACCAGAAAUGAUGUUUGAGCAUGGACUCGGCUGGCUACUAUGGACUCCAUAUGCCAACCUAAAACGACGCACACGCUCUUCAAGACCCCACUCGCAGACUGAUCCGCCCGAGAUGUGGCGCAGGAUAAGGUCUACAUGGUAUGAGGACCGGGAUAGCUACAAGGACUUUAACAAGCCGCUGCUGCCGGGAUGGACGCGUCACAAAGCUCCAGAGACGUCAACAUGGAAUGGGGGGCCUUAUCUUUACCCAGAUGGAUGCGAUGAAUAUGUUUUCACACAUGAGCUCAUGCCAGUUUCUAAGCUGGAUCCGGAAAAACACGGAUGGUAUUACCCCUUUCCUGUCACCGAGGUGAAUGAAUCAACAUUACCCGAUAUGCCCGAACAGACAGAGUAUCUCUUUUGCAAAACGAAGAAGGGUCAACUAUGGGGAACUCAAAAAGUCGGAGAGCGGAAAGAUGCUUUGCUCUACAAUAGUCAAAAGCAAAAGGUUGGAUUCCUCAACUUGGUCAAUGACGACUAUCUGGCUCGCUUCCCUGAGACAAUGACAGAUGAAGAGGGAGGCCUGCUAGUAGAUUUGGUGGCUUCUGGCUAG